AAAUCUCUGCAUAGAAAGAAACAAUCGUCAAUCUUGAGGAGCUAGAAAGAGAGAAAAAGAUGUCGAUCAUUCGCCGGAGCAACAUCUUCGACCCAUUCUCCGCCGAUCUUUGGGACCCCUUCGAGGGCUUUCCCUUUGGAUCAAGCCUCGCCUGGCCCAGAUCUGGUCUACAGGGAGAGACCUCAGCCUUUGCCGGCGCACGGUUCGACUGGAAGGAAACACCAGAAGCGCACGUGUUCAAGGCCGAUCUACCGGGGCUGAAGAAGGAGGAGGUGAAGGUGGAGGUGGAGGACGGGAGUGUGCUUAAAAUCAGUGGGGAGCGGAAGAGGGAGAAUGAGGAGAAGACCGAUACCUGGCAUCGCGUCGAGCGCAGCAGCGGCAGCUUUCUCCGCAGCUUCCGACUCCCGGAAAACGCGAAGGUUGAUGGCGUUAGGGCAGCCAUGGAGAACGGCGUUCUCACCGUCACGGUACCGAAGGAAGGGGUUCAGAAACCCGAGGUGAAGUCCAUAGAGAUUUCCGGCUAAGGAAAUUGGCCCAUCCUCUGCAAGUUGUCUUCCAUGCCUUUUGAGAAAUAUGUUUGUGUCUAGCUAUUAUCUAUCUAUGCUUUGGCGUAUUGGUGUUCUGUGUAGUAUCUCUGUAGAUUUGAUAUGGUAAUAGUGCGUUGUCCUAUCAUAGUUUCAAUGGAAAUGCGAGUGCUUUAUCUUAAUUACUAGUAAAUUUAUGAGCUUGGACUGA